AUGGAGGAGACCAAAUGUGAGAAGUGCUACGCCGGCGAGUCUGUGGAGCAAGACCCGACCGGAAGGUACGUCCGGUUCAACUACAUUGUGGGCAUGGGGGCGUUCAAGACUGUGUACAAGGCGUUUGAUCAACUAGAUGGGAUUGAAGUUGCCUGGAGCAAAAUCAAGACCGGCGACGAAGCUCAGCUUCAGAGAUCGCUUUACGAGAUUAAUCUGCUCAAGUCUCUGAAACACGACAACAUCAUCACUCUCUUUAGCUGGUGGGUUGUUGAGGAAGAUGAUAAGAAUGGUGAUGGUGGUACACCCAAGAAGACGAAGAAGAGGACUGUGAAUAUGAUCACCGAGUUGUUCACUUCCGGGAGCUUGAGGCAGUAUCGAAAGAAGCACAAAAGCAGUAUCAACGUCAGGAUCAUCAAGAACUGGGCGAGGCAGAUUCUCCAGGGGUUGAGCUAUCUGCAUUGUCACGACCCUCCUAUUGUUCAUAGGGAUUUGAAGUGUGACAAUGUGUUUAUUAAUGGGUCCAAUGGGGAAGUCAAGAUUGGGGACUUGGGGUUGGCGCUGGUCAUGCAGCAGGGUAUUACUGAGUUUAGUGUGACUGGCACGCCGGGGUUUAUAGCGCCGGAGAUGUAUUCAGGGAAGUAUAAUGAGUUGGUGGACAUCUAUUCUUUUGGGUUGUGUUUGCUGGAAAUGGUGACUUGUGAGUACCCUUAUAAGGAGUGUAAGGAUAGAGCUCAUGUGUCUUGGAACACUGUCAGUGGUGUAAUGCCGGCGGCUCUGAAUGAGGUGAAGGAUCCUCAAGUGAAGGGGUUCAUUGAGAAGUGUCUGGUUCCUGCACCUAGGAGAUUGUCUGCAAUGGCGCUCUUGAAUGAUCCAUUUCUUGCGGCUGAAGGUUCAAAGGAGCCUGGAUCUUUUGCCAUUGAAAAAAGUUCCGAAUCGUCUGCCUCUUCGAUUCUGGAGUUUUAUGAGUCCACAGAGAACAAUGGACUGAGAUUAAGAGGAAAGAUAGACUCUGAUAGUAGCCCAACUAUUGUUUUUACCUUGAAUGUUCGUCGCCGGAAGGAGAAUAUUAAGUUUGACUUCCAUCCGGGUUCGGAUACUGCUGUUAAGAUUGCUAGGGAGAUGGUUGAUGAGGACCUUGGUCUUUCAAUUGAAGAUGUGUUUGUCGUGGCUAAGAUGAUGGAUAAAUUGGUUAUGAAGCUUCUGCCAAAUUGGAAACUGAGUGCGUCUGGAGCAUAUAGGCGGUGUAGCUGUGAAGCUACUAUUCCUGAACAAAAGGCAUAG